AUGGAUACAAUUGAUCAUUCCAAGGAAGUGAGGGUGGAACUAGCUUCACUUACAACCAAACCAUCUUCAAAGUCUUUGCAAGAUGAAAUGAGCCUACAGGAUAAUUCAGAGCAAGUUGUGCACCGAGAAUACUUAACUGGUUGGAGACUUCAUGUACUCACUCUCUGUAUUUGUCUUUCAAUUUUCUUGCCAAAUAUUGAGGUUUCUAUCGUCAGUACGGCUUUGGUGAAUAUCACCAAUGAUCUUCAUGGCUUUAGUCAAACGGGCUGGGUUAUUGUGAAUUACUUGGUCACAUAUACUGUACAAGCAUUUAUCAUUAUUUGGGCCAAAAUCAGCGAUAUUAUAGGCAGAAAGAAGACUCUAGCUACCUCGCUUGUCAUAUUUACGGCAUUUUCAGGAGGAUGUGGGGCCUCGCAGACAAUUACACAACUGAUAAUCUGCCGAGCUCUUCAAGGCGUUGGAGCUGCUGGUUGCUUCUCUAUUGCCACAAUUGUCAUUUUUGAGAUGGCUCCAAAGGAGAAAUAUCCCAUAUAUGGAACUAUUAUAUCGGCAGAUGUGGCAUUAGCGACUGCACUUGGGCCAAUUCUUGGAGGACUCAUCACAGGAAAGACGACCUGGAGAUGGGUGUUUAUCUUGAACGUCCCUGCAGGAAUAGUCACAAUGAUCUUGCUUUUCUUAUCAAUGCCUUCCGGUUUUCCACAUCAAGGAAAUUCUGCCAAGGGUCAACCGGGUCUAUAUCCGAAACUAUCAAUGGCAUCUUUCCUCCGAAUCGACUUUCCUGGAACUCUGCUCUUACUUGGGGCAUCAUUCCUCUUUGUGACCUCUCUUCUAGAAACAUCUACGAGAUUUUCAUGGGGGUCACCUACUACAAUUUCACUCCUUGUGCUAUCAGGAGUAUUUCUCAUCGCCUUCUUAUUUUGGGAGCGUCACAUUACCAUUAGCUCUUCGCAACAAGAGCCUAUUUUCCCCUGGCGUUUCGUCCAUAAUAGAGCAUGGAUGGGUAUGCUCUUUGCAUCCCUUCUAUUAGGCGUUCCAUUCACCGUGCUCGUGGUCAACAUUCCACAAAAGUUCCAGACUGUCAAAGGCCUAUCCCCACUGCAAGCAGGAAUUCGAUUACUUCCCUAUGCACUUGUCGCACCCAUUGGUUCGUUCAUGGCAAAUGGCAUCAUGUCGAAAACGAAGAAAUACCCGCCUGUUUUUCUGGUUCUUGUGGGUGCCAUUCUGCAAGUUCUUGGGUUGGCUUUAUACUGUGGAUUGGACACUGGUAUAGAUGUUAGGAAGAGUCAAUAUGGGUUUCAGGCAAUUGCUGGAUUUGGACUGGGGAUAUCUUUUGGUACUUUAGUCCUAAUGACUCCUUUUAGCGUUGAUCCACAGGAUCUUGCAACUGGCACAGGCGCAAUGGUGCAAUUCCGUCAGCUGGGAAGCGCAAUCGGACUCUCAGUAGCCGAGAGUCUGAUGAAUUCUCAACUAACAUCCAAACUUUCCUCGGUUCUGGCCGCAGAACAACUUGCUGCACUGUUAGAAACUACGACGGUGGUGAAUCGAUUUCCUCCAGAGUUGAAGACUCGUGUGAUCGGUAUAUUUGCUGGGGCGUAUGGGCUACAAAUUAAAGUCGUUACUGCUUUUGCUGCUGUGGAGGUGCUUGUUGUAAUGCUAAUUCUGAAACGGAAGCAAAUAAGGGUUGGAUGA